AUGUCAGAUGAACUGAACCAGUUGGUGUCACAUGAUCAAAAUGGUGAUGUUUACUCAAAGUUACACGCCAGUUCUGCUUUGGACAUUUCCUAUAAUCACGAUCAUAAUCUUACAGAAAAACAUCAGCAUCAUUUAGGAGAAGAAAAUCACACGGAAGAAAACCCCCCUGAUACUGAGGACUUUGUCAUUUCAACGAACAUGUUAUCCUCUUUUGUGAAUUCAGCAAAAGGCGACUUAGUCUUUGAUGCGCAUGACCCGAUGGAUAAUGAUGAAAACCAAGACUUGAUGAUACAAGAAGCUGUUGCAGCAGCCUCAGCCGUAACGUCAGCAAUGUCACCAAGCAACCUGUCAACCAUGCUUUCAGAAUCGGAAUCUCAGAAAAGAUUAUUUCCAGAUCCACAACUCGGGAGUAACAAGAAGCAGCAAGCGUUUUCAUUACUGGGCAAUGAUUCGGACGAUUUUUCAGCAGAUUUGAACUCAUUGCAUGAUCCCCUAAGCGGUUCAAGAUCAAAAACAAUAAAGUUUACGCCUAAUCGAACAUCAGAAAAUAUCAAGAAGCAGCACACAUAUGUUACAAAUCCAAACUCAAAAAAGAGCAAACGAGAAAGUAUCAAAGGACCCCCAAAGAAUUCCAGGUUUUUCAAAGUUUACGGCUUAGAAGGUGCUAAAAAUAUAAAAGCUUCAUCACUUCACCAUUAUAAUCCUUAUAGAUACCCACAGAAUAGGAGCAAAUUAAACCCGUUUCCAGACUUCAUCAAGAAUCGGAAAGAAGAGUCUGUUGAUGUAAGUAAUGAGAGAGGAAUAAAUACAUCCUCCCAGAAAAACCCUGCUAUUCCUGAUUUAGAACAUCACAGAUCUGAUUCAAAAAAGAACAAAAUUCCUGAGUUGCGACCAACCUUGGAAGAGUUCGAGGAUAUUUAUUCUUAUAUUGAAUCCAUAAAGGAUAUUGGUGAAAAAUUUGGCGCUGUUAAAGUCAUUCCUCCCAAAGAGUUCUCUCCAAAAUUUGCUAUAAAUUUAGAAUCGUUUUGGAUAAAAUCAAAUAGACAGCUUUGGAAUUCACCUUCGGAUGAACUUAAUUCAAGAUGCGAAUUCUACAACCAACUAAAAAAUGCACUAAAAGACUCUGGGAUUUCCAUAAAUAAACUACCAUGUAUUGAUAAGCGUGCCAUUGACUUAUAUCGACUAUACAGGGUUGUGAAUUUGCGUGGUGGUUUUGAAAACUGCUGCAAUGAUAAACUUUGGGCUCAGAUUGGUAGAGAAUUAGGGUUCUAUGGUAAAAUUUCAUCAUCGUUAUCGUCGUCAAUUAAAACUGUUUAUCAAAAAUACAUUUCUCCAUGGGAGAAGAAAUAUCAAGGCACAAGAGAUCAGGAUUAUCUAAAUCUGGUCAGAAAUGAUGAAGCACAGUGUUUGUUCCCCCAAUUUGGGGAAGAUGAUGGAUUAGCACAAGUACCUAUAAUUUUAGGAUCUUCGAAUCCGUUUCCCAGAAAUCGACAGCACUUGGUUGAUUCUGGGUUUUCAACUUAUUUUGAUCAAUCCACAACUCAGAAAAAAGGAAUUACUGUUAGUGAUACUAAUACACUACCUACAUAUGACUUUUAUAGAUGGAGUGAUCCCAACCAAGUUGAUGAUGUUGACCCAAGAGAGUUGAAAAUUUCCUCUUUGUACACUUUGAAACAGUUUUAUGACAAAAGCCGUAUAGUUAAAAACACUGUUUUGAGUAAAUUCAACGAUACUGAACAUUUUAAGUUUGAAAAUAUGGAAUAUCUUGAGUCUAGUUUUUGGAGUUUGCUGAAGAGAUCUGAUGUAAUGUUUGAGACAGAAGUCUCGUUUAAUCAAUAUACCAACAUACACGAUUCAAGUUAUGAAAAUAAGUUUUUGUCAGAUAAAAGUGGCAACUUGUCUGAUUCAAUAUUAGGGUCUCUGAAUUUUAAUAACACUGCCAUUUACGAUGGUUCGCUAUUACAAUAUGCUGAUUCAUACUCUAAUUCUUUAUUUCAUUCAUGCCUGAACUUUGCUAUGUUCUAUGGUUGCCAAUCUUGGAAAUCAGAAGACCAUUGGUUGUAUAAUGUUGAUUAUCAUUAUCUAGGCGACGCAAAAUCAUAUUACGUCAUCCCACCAGAGUAUCGAGAAAAAUAUGAAGAUUUAAUUCGAUCAUAUAUUGAGUUACAAAAUAAAGCUUAUGAAAGAACGGCUAUAAACUUACAAAAAUUUGAGAAAGCAAUUGAUAACAGUGAUAUCUUCAACGCAUGUUUAGAAAACCAAAUAAGCUAUGAUAUGAACGUUUCCCGAGCUAGGCCCUUGGAACCCAAGUUUGAAAAACUGGUUGAUCAGGAUACCUACCCAAUCAGAUACAAUACUGAUAUUAUGCUUACUCCUGAAAUUUUAAGAAAGAAUGGUAUCCCGGUUUACCAUACAUUUCAAGAGGUUGGUGAUAUGAUUAUAAAAUUUCCGAAGUCGUAUUCAUCUUAUUUUUCCCUAGGUACGUCUGUUACCGAGUCAGUGCAGCUUGCAAAUGUGGAUUGGUUAAGUUGUUCAUUGGAAGCCGAUAGAUGGUUGCAGAAGCAACAGAUCCUCCCUAACUUUUCCACAUUCUUACUGAUUUUAAGAGCAGCCAGAGAUUCAGACGAUAUUAAAAUUCUAAAGGCAAUUAAACCAAUACUAGAAAAGAUGAUUACAGAUGAACUUGAUAAAAGGGUUGAGUUGCGCAAAAAUUUGAAAGAAACAUCUUAUAACAAAUAUUUAGCUGAUUUUAAAGAAUACACCAACAACAAUGUAUUAGAUAAAAAACAUAAUGGGGAAGCGACUAUCGGUACCGAACUCAUUUAUAAAUUGGGCUCAAUCAACCGUAUGACAGACUCUGAUUUGGCUGAUAUUUUUCCAUCUUUUGUUCUAGCUAAAAGUGCCGUUCCACUUCAGAGUAGUUUUACUAUGUCAGUUAGCUCUUUCAUGCAAAGGAAAGACCAAAUUGUCUUUGAAAACAUGGGUUUAGAAUUUGAGCUUGUCACUAUGUGCAGCGAUGAGUAUUUAACACAAUCUGUUGAUAUAUUACAUGGUAAAUUAGAAGGAAUAGAUUCCUGGAUUGCAAAGUACUCUGAAAUAAUAUCAGCAUCAUCUAGACCUGAUCUUAAUAAAGUCGUUCCUCUUAUCGAGAAAGGUAAUACGUUGUUUAAUGCUAAGAACACCCGAUACUAUACUGACUAUCAAAAAGAAAAAUUCAAAUCUACGUUUGAUAAGUUUAUGAUGCUCAAGAAAGAAGUUGAGAAAACAGAAGUCUGGCAAAGGAAGGCGCAAAUUCUCACUAAGAUUCCAAGGGAAAAUUUCAACACUCUGUUUCCCUUUUCUGAAUUCAAAACGCUGGUGGAUGAGAUAAAACAUUUAAAUUUGUACGUUGAUGAAAUUAGGGAAAUACAAGCAAUGAGUGAAGAAAUAAUCACUUUUGAUUUAUUAGCAGUUUCCGCACUAGAUAAGGCGAAUACUAAGGUGGAUUUAGCAGAGUUGGAGAAGUUAUAUGCUGUAGGCAGCAAUAUCAAAGUUGAGCUGGAAACAUUGACCUUGAUUGGCAAAAUUGUAAGGAGAGCUUCAUGGAUGGAACUGUUGCGAAAAGACGUUAAUACGGUUGAAGAGUUGAAAGAAAUAUAUGAUGCUGGUAAAUCGUUUGACUCGAGUAAUCCGGAGGAUAUAAAGUUGUUGGAUGAGCUUAAGAACAAAAUUGAUCAUAUAGGGAAGAUUCUGUUACAAUAUGAUGAAAUUAAACAAACUAAUCAUCAAGUUGCAACAAAGGAAUUGCUUGAAUUAGAAAAAGAAUGUAUGGGUUUCCCGCUGAAGGAGGUUCAAGAUUACAUUAAAAUUCUGUUGAUUGAUAGCUCAAAUAUGCAAAACGGUGUAAUUCCAAUUAUAGAUAUUAUCAAGGAGAAGAUAUCAGUACAGAGCAAUGAAACUUCAGCAGUUGGAAGGAUUAACGCAUUUCUGAAAUAUUAUGGUAUGAUAAAGAAGGGAAUUACAGACUUGAAGUUUGAUGAGAUAUACCAAACUUUAUGCAAAUUUGAGGAAUACCAAGAUGCUGCAAAAAUAUUCAAGGAACAAAUUAUUGAUGGGCCAUUGACUAGUAUUAAAGAGCUCAGUGAGAAAUUUAAGCGUUUAUUAAACUUUGGAAGGGACGAUACAAAGUUUCAAAACUUGGGAGAGGUUGAUUGUUUGAACCACCUUGUAUCUUAUGAUAUGGACAUAUUAACGAACCAAGAGGAAAGAUACUGCGUAUGUAGACAGAAGCAUGAGGGCAACAUGGUUGAAUGCGAGGAAUGUAAACAAUGGUUUCACUUCAAUUGCGUUGGAUACGUUAAAACGGACACUGAGAACGAUAAAUAUUUUUGUCCAUUAUGUGAUAUUGAAGGAAAGUAUCCAUCGACCCAGAAUUUUUACCUAAAUCUGCUCAAGAAGACCACUUUAGAAGAGUUGAUACAAACUGCCGAUAAAAUGGCGGUUCGUGGUUCUAUAUGCAUUUCAUUUGAGCAUAGUUUUUUUAAUGCUGUUUUAAAGUAUGUUGAUUUCUACAAUCUAUUGCUGGAGCAAGGUGCUAUAAGGGAGAACAACGGCGAGAUUGAUGUCUGUAUCAGUGAUGAGGCUUACCUACGUUCUUUACUACAAAAAGUAAACGGAUGUGUUAUUAACUUUAGGAAGUUGCAAUCUGCACUUCAGAACAAGUACGCUUCAUUACGUCUCAUAAAGGAUGGAACAUCAGCCAAGGUUGGAAAUGUAGCUGGUUUAAGCGGAGACAUUUACACUUGCUAA